AUGUUGUUGGAAGAGGAAAAGAACCAGUUGCUGGUUCAUCUCAAACACAUACUUAAUGCUGGCAGUGUUUGUUUUUUGGAGUCAUUUGUAUAUAUAGAUCAACAAUGGCUCACUUUUUUGGUGUUGCUGUAUCGUGCAACUUGUUUUGGUGGUCCUGUUUCGUUCUCGUGGCAUCUGCAGCAGCAAAAUGUAGUUGUUUUUUGGUGGUCCUGUUUCUUUUUGGUGGCAUCUGCUGUUUCGUCCUGUUUCGUUUUGGUGGUCCUGUUUUUUUCUGCAGCAGCAAAAUCUGUUAGUGGAUCAAAAUCUAGUUGUGAUACUUCAGCUGUUUUACCCUAG